GUGGCUCCCUGCGCCUUGUGGAGGAGGAACCGCACCAGGAGCCAAGUGAAGUGGGCCCUAUAUGUGAAGAAGUGAUCAAGGUGUUCAUCUUUAAGCCCGAUGGCUCGGCCAGCGAGAUGGGUGUGGCCACUGGAGUGGCAGGAGGUCCUAUUCACACGGCCGUGUUGGAGCAAACAGAGGAAGCCAUCAACAUGGCGGAUGAGGUCUACAUGGAGGUCAUCGUCGGAGAGGAUGAAGUCUCGGCUGGUGUUGCUGAGACGACAGUGGAAGAGUCUGGGCUCAACAAGCACUUUGUGACCUGGGCGUCUGCUUUUGAUGUGGUGGAGGGAACGGACCAGACGGACGAGCAGACGGACGGGGAAGUUGGACCGGACGCGUCUCCCGGAGGCCUAGCGGGCCACACCCCACGCCGCCACUCCGGAGAGAAGCCGCCCCGCUCACGCCGGAAGGGCAGUCGGGCCAAGGCUCCCGCCUUCACCGUGCGCACAGCGAUAAUCAUCGGGCCGGACGGGCUGCCCAUGAAGGUGUACCCCUGUGGCGUGUGCGGGAAGAAGUUCAAGACACGCGGAUUCCUCAAGAAGCACAUGCACAACCACCCUGAGGGUGAGGGGGGCGGCAACAUGGCCGCCAUCGGGGGCAGCAGCAAGGGCAGCGCCCGUAUCAGCGGCCUGGGCGCCGUGAGCAAGCGGCGCUACCAGUGCACAGACUGCGACUACACCACGGGCAGGAAAUCGCACUUCCACUCGCACAUCGAGAGCCACCGUCUCGUCUCCAACACCACACCUGUCUCUGGGCUGGUGCACACGGCGUGUGCGGGCGACCGUCCCUACGAGUGCGAGGAGUGUGGGCGGCGCUUCGAGAAGGCUGCGGCGCUGGGCUCUCACCGCCUCGUCCACCGCAACCGCCCGGCCAAGAUGCAUAAGUGCAAGUUCUGCGAGUACGAGACGGCCGAGCCGGCACUGCUCGGCCAGCACUUGGCGUCAGUGCACAGCCGCUCGCUGCCACACGUGUGCGCCGACUGCGGGCGCGGCUUCCGGCACCCGUCGGAGCUGCGCAAGCACGCGCGCACGCACACGGGCGAGCGCCCGCACUGCUGUCAGUACUGCGACUACCGCAGCUCGGAGGCGUACAACCUGAAGAUGCACGUGCGCGCGCGUCACAGCCGCGCACUCGCCUUCCCGUGCGGCGACUGCGGCGCUAGCUUCACGGCGCUGGGCGAACUGCGGCGGCAUGCGGCCAUGCACAGCGCGGAGCGCGUGUACGCGUGUCAGUACUGCGGGCACCGCAGUUCCAACUCGAGCGACCUCAAGCGCCACGUCAUUUCCAUCCACACGCGCAGCUUCCCGCACAAAUGCGAGGUGUGCGAGAAGGGAUUCCACAGACCUUCCGAGCUGAACAAGCACAUGGCAACACACAAAGGCAAGAAGGUUCAUCAGUGCCGACACUGCGAGUUCCGCACAUCCGACCCGUUUGUGCUGAGUCGGCACAUUCUGUCUGUGCACACCAAGGAGCUGCCCUUCAAGUGCCGCCGCUGCAAGAAGGGCUUCAAGCAGCAGAGCGAGCUGAAGAAGCACAUGAAGUCGCACACAGGAAAGAAAGUGUACCAGUGCGAAUUAUGCGACUACAGCACCAUGGACGCAUCAGGCUUCAAGCGCCACGUCGUAUCCAUCCAUACCAAGGCCUACCCGCACCGCUGUCAGUUCUGCCACAAGGGCUUCCGUCGGCCAUCCGAGAAGCAGCACCACGUGCUCAAGAACCACAAAGAGCACAUUGUCAUGGGCACAUCGCCGUGAGUGUCUGGCCCGCCAGCACAAACGAGGAUUGGAAAAACAAAAAACUUUAGAACGGUGACUGCUGCCACCCGUUGUCGCCACCACCAGCGCUUUCUCCACCAGUCGACUCGGCAUUAGUGUGCCCUGGAAGCCUCAGAGAAUGGAAUUGCGUUGCAUUUGCUUUUUGUUUGGCACGACUAUCCCUAUGCAAUCGGAAUGCGUCGGGCCACAGUGGAAUCCCGUCAUAUUAUUGUUAAGAAAGCGUCUUCUUCCCCGUGUAGUCGGAUUGUGAUUUUGGGAAUGCAGGCUCGUCCCUAUAGAGUCAGGUGUCGUUAUUUUUCCGCAGGCUUCACCCUAUGGAAUCCAAACCCAGUUUUGUGCAGCAAUAUUGUCGUUAAUGGGAUUACAUAUUGGAUUGAGUAAUUUGAAUUGUCAAGCUUGCUCUUAUCACAUACAAUUGUACAGCACUUUUGUAUCGCAAGCUUGUUCCUAUGGAAUCUUGAUGAUCUUUUUAUUGCGCAGUCGUGGACUCCUGGGAUCUGGUUUCAUGAUGGUUAAGCACACUUCACCCGGUUGAAUUGGAUUAUGCUCUUGUAUAACAGUCACUGCCCAGUGGCAUGGGAUCAUAUUUCUGUUGAAUCUUCUUGCGUUGGUUGAUUACAUGAUACAACAUUUUUAUAAGCAUGCUGCCUAUAAACUCUUGUGACAUAUCUGAUUUGCAAGCUUGGGCAUAUGAAAUUGGAUUACAUGUUAGCAAAUUUAACCAUAUACAGAAUCCUACUAUAUCCAGGUCCUGGUUUCUGAAAGAAGCACUCUUGUCACGCAUAGAAGAGCCAGGCUUAUGUAGCUUAUGGUAGCAACUGGCCUUGAACUACUUUGAGCCAAGCCUGUUUAGAUGAAGCUAACCUCGGGGUUGGGCUUGCGAGUAUAAAAAUAAUAUAAAAAUCAAGUUGAUUUAUGCUUAUCAUUCUAAAAUUUAACUUUAAUAAACAGAUGCCAUUCUUCGUCUUCACCCGCAAUGGUGGAGCCAGAAUUUUCAGGUAGGGGGGGCAACCCCUCCAGCAAUGAAAAACGAUAGAGGAGUUGUUAGUAAGUAAGGAGUUGUUAGUAAGUAAGGACUUGUCCCUUGCUUUUUAUUCGACUCGUGCGGCGAUGGCACAGCCAUCGAUCGAGGGUCGAAUUUAAACCGCGUUGUGUGAUCGGCAUCGCGCUCGCUGAAGGUGAAUGCCUUCAGGGAAGUCGUGUACUGUUUACGCAACUGCGCACAAUUUUGUGAGUCACUUAUAGCCGCUUUCCGUUACUUAUUGCCAAUUAUGGACUCAGACUAUUGUCCUAUCAUCUCAGAGUCCCUGGCACGUAAUCAUAUGUUACACAGUGGCAGUGGGGGUCGCAAAAUGCCGAUUUAUUACUAAUAAACCCCAAUGAUCCGAUCGAAAUUAGAAAUUUUUAUCGGAUCAUUGGGGGGGGGGGGGCACAUACCACCCCCCCCCCCCCCCCACUGGCUGUGCCAGUUUUCACCCCCAUUUUACAUAGGUAAACUAUAAAUAUGUUUUAUCGCCUAAUUUACAUUCAUUUUCCAUUAUCAGUGUUUUUAAUGUCUGGAUCAACCUUCCCCUCCCACCCCAAAUAAUUGAGAGAUGACUAAAUUGGUUAAUGCUACCCAAGUGAGGAUGUUGUUGAAAUGCCAAGAGAAAACCCUGUAGAUGGCUUGUCAUCAGGCUUUGGCGACGUUACUUGUUGUUCUGCUGCCAAUAAUUUGUGAUGAAUUUUUAUUUUGGGAACAUUUGGUGGCAUCACACUUCCAAUUCACACCAAUUUGGGUUUAGCACAUUUAUAUUUUCCAUUUCGUUUGUGUCCUGAUGACAUUUCAAACAAAUAUAUUUCCAAAGGACUCGACAUACUUUUCUCACUGCCAGUGAUAAAAAUGGAAAUUAAUUCAUAUCUCACCUGGGACACUUUUUAAGCAUUUAAAAUUCUGCUUAAAUUCCCCCCCCCCCCCCCCCCACACUCAAUUAUGAGGGCUUCCCUACAUUUCCAUGAGUGGUUUGUCUUUCUUGAUUUGAAGCUUUCGUGACUGCAGGAAUCCAUACUGGUUCUUUCAGUAAAGUCGCGUAGGUAGAAAAAUAAUAGAUCAUGAUGUUUCGCUCGCAACACAAGCAAUCGUCAUCAAGUGAGACAACCACAGCAAGAAAAGACUUCUGUUAUUCAUUGCCAUUGGAAAUUAACAAGUCGCUUGGCAAGGGAACCACUGACACCUGGAACAGUGAGAAACAGCCCAGUUCAAUUCCAGCUGUCACAGCAAAGCCGGUUCACGUGGCCACCACCUGGACAAGCACCACACUCUGCCACAAGCCUUUUAAGUUUCAGCUGCAGCUCGAUGUUGGUAAUUAUGACGUGGAGGCAUGGGUUUAAUAGCCAUAGGUCAUCUUCAGAGCAGGUCGGAUGGAAAUUUAUGUGAAUUCUGUGCAAUGGAAAUGCCAAGGUGGAAUUUGCCAUUCCCUCAAACCGGAGCCAUGAGCUAGCUACCUUCCACUGCCCUUGCACCUAAUAAAGAAAGCACACUUGUAUAAAAAGUAAUUUAUUUUUAUAAAUAUGUAUGCAUGUGUACAGAACAUCAGUGUAAAUGGCAGAUUUUUCUCAUUUUUUUGCAGCAUAUAUAUAUAUACACCCACUGAGACUGCUUCAUAUAGUGGCUUCACACAAUGAAAACAAUUGGCUACAGGUUUCUUUCAUAUUUUUGUCGACGCCAGUUCCGGUAGAUUGGUACAAAAAUUACAACUCUCCAUGACAAACAUGGCUCGCAUUUUACUCUGGGGAGGCGUUCCAGCGCUGAGAGAGUUUCGAUGCCAUUUAUUAUACGUUUUUCCGCGGCCUGUGCAAAAUGUGGCUCAUGACGCUGUGAAGGUGCCCUACGUGGGUGUGGGACAAGAAUGACUGAAAACGCUUAACUCUUUCAAUACCCCUUUAUAAACCAUGCUCUCACAGUUGGGAUUGAAUCGUGGACUUAAGAUUAUAGAGACCACGCUAUUGCUGACGGCCAGGUCAUCGGUUGUGUCUUAAAGUGUCUGAAUGGAUAUUGUCUGUCUGGGUAUGUAGGACAACCCUUUCUUGGUCUUGAGUUGCAGCCUCCUCAAAUUAACUUUUGCAAAGACAACAGCAACUUUUGGGGGAUUUUUGUUUGCGCUUGGGCUGUCUGGGACAGCUGUAUUGGGCUUGAACCUAGACACACACUUGUUGGGUCAUGAGUUUGAGUUUCCCUCUCGAGGCAUCCGGCUGCAUGUGAAAUAUAAAAUAUAUAAUUUUGGGUCUUUCAUGACAUUUUUGUUUGUUCUCGCUGAAAUGUUUAAAAUCAAAAAUGUGUUGACGGAAUUUUGAGGCUAACCGCUUUUUUUGUACCCGCCCCGAAUUCUGUUAACUAUUUUUGAUCUUUGGACAUUGCCGCUCAAUGCUUAUAUAGUCUGAUCGUAGGUGUGUUUUAAGCAAUACAUUGUUAACCUACAAUCAAAGUGUAAACACGUGUGAAAUAGGAAAGCUAAUGUUAUAUACGUUUUGCUAAUGGCAGAACAGUUCCAGCUGUUCCAAAAGAAAUGUAUAAUAAUGAAAUUCUGAUCCCUUCUGUACCAAAUGUUUAAAAUUUAAAAUUCUGUAAAGUAUAAUGUACAUUGGGGGAAAUUUGUUAUUUUUUUCUGACUACAUUGAGCGUUUGUUAAGUGUGUUGCAUAAGAAUUCUGUAUAUAGGAUGUACGAUAAUAAUUUACAUUGGUUGGGUGAAGAGGAGGGGUGUUAAGAAGAGUAGACAUUUAAAAGCAAAAAAAAUAUUUUAAAGUUGACUUUGAAUAAUUGUGGAGAUCAAAUUUCAGUUUGUGAAUCCACUGAGAUUGUUCACGGUCUUGCAGUUAACAUCCAAUGGCUUACAUUUACAACAACAACAAAAAUCCUUCAGGUUAAAUAUGCUUGGCUUUCGUUUUUUUGCUGGUUCUUUAAGGAAUUUCACACUUUGGUCAAGACAAAAAGAAUGCGUUAUUAUUAUGAUUAUCAAGGUCAUUAUUGUUAGGAAAAAAGUGUGUAAUAUAAAUUGCAUUAUUUUGCAUGCACAUUCAGUUGGAAGCUCUUCCUGUCCAAUCCAAUGUGCCGUGUUACCUAUAUCGGUUGAAGACUUCCGACAAGAACUGCAAAUUAUGCACAUCUGAGAAUGGUGUCAUUAUACAUGGGAGUAUUAAGGACAGGUUUUUUUACUAUUAAUUUUAAAUGUGUUUAUUUAUGUUUUAACAGACUCAUGAUUAUUUCACUCAGUGGCUUGGUUGCGAGGGUUCCAUUUCCAGUGGUGCAAACCCAGAACCGGCCGCUGUCCUCCCACCGCUCACCUUACACACAACCUGCACUCCCAACACCAAGUCAGCCCAGACCCAAAACUAGACCUGGCCCUAACCUUAAAACCAACACAAACCCUAACUUAACCCUGGCCCCAACCUUAACCCACCCAUGGCUCGAGCCUUAAGCUCGUCCUGACAACAACUUUGACCUUUACACAACCAGGACUGUAUCCCACUUCAGACCUUAUCCAAUCACAAACCCCUACACAAAUGCAGUCUAACUAAAGUCUAACCAUAACCUGCACACACUUUAACUGUAACCUAGCCCUUGACUGGUUCUAAGCCUAUAACUGUCGAGCUAUAAUCCCAAACGUUUACCUAACCCUAUCCUCGGUCAGUCCCCAACCUUAACGCCAACAUUUUCCGAGCAUUAUCUCAAUCCAGGUCAACGCAGAGAUAUACCAGCCCAAACCUCUAACUCCGACCCACGUCAGGCCUAACCCAGGCCAUCCGAAGAUCUCAACCAUGUCCCCAACUUGUACCGACAUUGUGAUUUAUUGGUGGUGGCUUCCAAAUAGGUGUUGAAGUUAAUUGCAGGUCGCUUCCUUUCGCAAUUAGCUACCUUCUGAAAAGAGGGAAACAUCAAGCUGUUGACGCUCCUCUGAUCCUGCCCUGUCACGUGACCUCAACUCCCACCAUUUUCACUAUAUCCAGAAACCCCCAGUUCUUAACUCUUGACCUUAAUUGAGUUAACCUGAAUUAAAUCCAAAUUCCUUAGCAUAACUCCUGCAUUUAAACGUCCACCAUAUGGAAUCACUUAUCUCCAAACUAAAAUGUGUCAUAAUUCCAAACUGCAUGUCUAAGCACAAUCCCCGCUCUAACUUAACCCUAUGCAAUAAACGUAACCUCCCAACAGCUCAAGUUCAUAACCCUGAAACUGAGCAUAACCUUACCCUGAUCCUUGCCUUGGCCAGCUGCUGUGUGAGAGGCGAGCAGUGUUGUGGAAGCGGUCUAGGGCUGUGCCACUGAGGAAACGGAGGGUCUCUGGCUCGGGGCGGCUGAGGUCAUGGAUGAGUUGGCUCAGCGAUGACCUUUGCCCUGCCUUUGUUUGGGGCUGUACAUCACACCGCCGCCUCAGCCACUCUUGCUACCAUGUACACGCUCGCAUGUAUACUCUGUUUAAAUAAACACACGCGUAAGACGAGAA